GCGUCUGUUCUGAAGUUCUUGUUCAACUUCACCAUAUCCAACGAUGUUCGCUGUCCCGCCCAUAUCACUCGUGCACAGCGCUCUCCAAUUAAAUCCCGACACACGAUGGGCGCGAGAAGUCUACAAAUAACUUCUUGACGUCUCCUACGGGAUAUAAAAGACACGCAGCAUGAUAGUCGAGUCAUUCAGCGUACUGCGCAUCUCCAAGUCUGGUAACGCCCCGCCUAUAUUAUUUCUGACUCGCGCAAUCUCUCUGACUCCAAUCUAACACGAUGAACUAUCGGAUUGGAUUCUCUGCCUCGUCAUCGCAUCACAGGUCUUGGGCUGUGCACAAUGCACAAUCUAGCUCCAGUAGCCAAGCCUUCCAAGGCCAUUGGUCUGCGCUCCAGGGAUUGUCUCCGACCCCAAUCCCAAAAACUCCUCAUCUCCACUCAGUAUCACUCCCGCACCCAAAUGCAGUUUCACAUCAAACUCCUAUGUCUUACCAACAUUCUUCUACACCCCACUCUUCAUUCAUAGUCUUGCACUCACUCUUGAGUUAUGGUCCCAAUUUGAGAUUUAACAUCACACAAGAUCUGGCACAUGUGCAACUACGACCAGGCUGUUCACCUAGCAUGCUUCAUGAGCUUGCGGUGCAACCUCCAGUCUCUCAUAUGAUUAUCACUUCUCCUGAGCUUUGUGCUUGGACGAUAGAAGUUGUGAGCCCUCGUGGUAUCACUGUGAACAACGUCCUUGCCAUGAUAUGUGAAACGCUCAACCGGAGUGUUGCCUCGCACGAGAUGCAAAGAUCUUCUCGUGCGGUCAAUGCUGCUAUCGAUUCUUUCAGGGCCAGGUCCCGCGCUGACCCGCGCGAACAUGCGCAGGGCGUGAAACGCGUUGACUUUUUGGGUCCUAAAGUUUUCUUUGCUGGCCUUUCCCGAGCUCGAGAUGGUUCAGACAGCUGGGAAAUUCAUUUCGCCCAAAAUGUUUGAUCCUCGUCAUGCGCGGGUCGCCUUGGCUCUUCCUUAUCUUUCGGCAGAUUGCACUGGUCUAGGUAUAUCUAGCUCAGUCUCAAUGGGCUUUGGUCGGAUCUUCAUCACUCGACACUGCCCGGUCUAACUUUACUUGGUAAUUUGCCGUCACCGCUCUCUUCUUCGCAUCUAUAUUCGACAGCCCCUAAUUUGUUUUUAUCGCUAUCUCUGUCCGCAAUUUUUUUUUUUUUUGAUUCAUGUAACGGAAUAGUUUGGAAAGUUUGCAUUCAUAUACCAGGACACUUGUAGUUUUAUUAACCACGUACUCAAUCUCCACGGCAAUCCAGUGUAUUCAUUACUUGAUAUUUGACUUGUGAUACUCAGUGGGUGGUUCGAGCGGAUGAAAAAUCUUGAUUCGUCAGAGUCGGUAUGAUAC